AUGAAAUUGCUCGUCGAGCCGGACGUGGCGGCGUUGAACGCGUUCCUGACGAACGUGAACGUCGGAGACUACGUCGUGAGCGGACAGGUGGAGAGUUACAGCUGUAAAUUAGCGGGCACUGAUAAGAAAUUGUCGCGCUCGCUCGAUGCGGAGGUGGUGACGGAGAUUGUGUCGAGCUGCUCGCCGACGAACCUGAGCACGUCGCCGGUGGGGCCGUUGACGGAUCAAAACAGUCGGAAGACGUUAAUUUAUCUUAUACUGACUCUGAAUCACAUCUAUCCGGAUUACGACUUCAGUAGUUUGCGCGCGGAGCAUUUCACCAAGGAAGGGACGCUGAGCGACGUGAAGACGGACAUAGAUACGUUGCUCAUGGAGAGUAGUAAAGUUUGGGCGGCGCGGUACGGGAACGAGGAGCCUUUUCUCGAGGUUUUGUGGAAGACGAUCGAUGCCGCGAUCGAAGUGUUUGAUUGCGACGUGUAUUCUUACAAAGCCGUGGCCGAGGGUGAUCCGUUCACAGACGACGGUAAUCUGUGGUCGUUCAAUUACUUCUUCUACAACAAAAAGCUGAAGAGAAUUCUCUACUUCACGAUGCACGCGACUUCAAAGACGAUGUUAGACUUAGACUCCGACGACGAACUCGACUUGGACGAGUCGAAUGACCAAACAGGCGGAACGGGGUACAAUUCCUACGAUGGAUCGUACCGAGAAUCAUUCGGUAACGAUGACUCGAUGGUCUUUGACGAGAUGGACCUAUGA